CCUGCUUUGUCCUUUGAUCUUUGUUCUGUUCAGCUCCAUGUCCGAUUCUGUUCAACUGGUGCGGGGCCACCAGCCCCUGAUUCAUUCCCGUAGAGUUGCAACUCCCGGAUGCUCCACUCUCCGCCACAUCACCUUCCUUGUCGGCAGCCUCGCCACUCGUUCAAUCAAGAGCUCUCCAUCUAGCCUGACUUUGCCCUGUCAAGCUCCAUCGCGUCAUCUCACUCAGGUCAGAUCGUAUUGCCCGGCAGAGCAAGUGCGACAGCUCAGUUGAACCCUGCCGGUUGUUCAUCUGCUUCUUUACCUUAUUCGGCAACCAUGAGCACCGUUUAGCCACCUGGCUCAUAUAUAACGUCGCUGCUCCCUGCCUGUGUCUGCGAUACAACAUCUCUUCGCACAUAACACAAUGUCUUUACCUGCAAGGACUACUGUUCUUAUCGUCGGCGCCGGUCCCUGUGGAAUGGCCGCUGCACUCUCUCUGUAUCAUCAAGGGAUCAAGGAUGUGGUCAUUGUGGACGCCGUCGAAGCAGGGGAGAACUCUUCGCGCGCGAUGGUGAUCCAGGCCGCAACGCUUGAGGCGCUCAACACCAUCGACUGCUUCGACUUUAUCCUCCCCCACGCGGAGAAGAUCACGCGCGUGGACAUGCACCAGGGGACAUCGGUUCUGCUCACCGCCGACUUCUCGCAGCUGGCGGACAAGACCCAGUUCCCGUUUGGGCUGCUCAUCCCGCAAUCUCAGACAGAGCGCGCCAUGCUCGCCAAGUUGACGCUGCUCGGGAUCCGCGUCUUUCGGCCUUUGAAGGUCGACUCGGCCAAGCAAUCGGACGAGGACUCGAUGGUGGAUGUGCGGUUCGAAUCCGGAGAGGUCGUGAAGGCGAGAUAUGUGAUCGGCGCGGACGGCGCUCGUUCAGUGGUGCGUCACUCCUGGCAUGACGUAACGUCCCAUCGACGCCGCCCUUUCCAAGAUACAAGGCGAAGCAGGCAUCGGAUUCACCGACCCCCAAGGCGAUGGGCCGCGUGACUUUGGCGACGUAUCUCAGAUCGUCUUGGGUGAUGUCUCAUUCUCGAGCCCCCUCCCGCCGGAUACACCCCGCUUCAUGCUCAGCGUCGCGAACAGCAACUUCAUGCUCGUCGCGCAGUUCCCUGCAGACGCCUACCCGGAUGCGACCGGUUCUGUGUACCGCAUCGCAUGCGGCGUGCCCCAGAGCAUGGGCGCGGUGCCCCACGCGCCGGGCAUGGAUUAUCUGCAGAAGGCGAUGACCCGGAUGGCCCCGGAGCCGUUGCGCGCCGCGCGCAUCGACGCCGUGCACUGGUCCUCCCGCUACAAGACACGCUCGGCCAUCGCCGACCGCCCGUUUGUGCGGCUCCCAGGCGGCGGGGUCGUCCUCCUGGUCGGCGAUGCCGCGCACAUCCACAGCCCCAUCGGUGGGCAGGGCAUGAGUUUGGGCAUUCGGGAUGCGAUCAGCCUAGGCCCCAUCCUGCGCGCGCACUUUGAUGCGCCGGAGGACGACCGCCGGCUUAUGGAGUGGGCCCGCUGGCGGCAUGAACGGGCUCUUGGAGUGAUCAGUUUGACAGAGCACGGGAUGGGGUUGAUCACUUCGCAGCGAAAACUGUGGUUUCCCUCGCUUGUGUACGGAAUUAUCCGGAUGCUUGGACGAUUCAAGUUUGUUCAGAAGAUGGUCGCGUAUCGCAUGAGUGGGCUUGCAGAAGUUUAGAGCCAACUGUAUCAGUAGGAUCUGAGUAGAAAUUGUGUAUUUAUAGGUCACAGUAAACAAUGGUCCGAGAUUUGACAUUCAGAUGACCAUGCCCAAGUAAUUACAUUUACAACAGUCGUACGUAGUUAACAGAAUGCUCGUCGAGCCGAACAUGUUACGAGGUGGCCUUGGAACCGAGCUUAAACUCGAUGUCGACCAGCACGGGGGAUUGACUGGCCGGCGAGUGAGUUUCUGACAUGUUCGAUUCCGCGUCUUUCAGGGCCUUGUGCUCGGCGAUUUUCUGAAACAAGAUGUCAACCACUGAAGAUCGCGAAAAUCGACUGCAACGACUUACGGCCUUGAGAGACUCAGUCGCCACCAAAACGGCAUCGAGGGUCGCUUCAGAGAGAUCCACCACCUGUGGCUAUGUGAGCAUGUCGGACCAGCCAGAAUGAAGCAAAAACGCGCACCCUCUCGUGGAUGCGAGUGCGUUGCGCCUCCCAAUCCCGCGACGACUGCGCCGCCGCCGCCGUGUCAGGAUGCGCGGGAUCGAACUGGGCGAGCCGAGCGGCGCGCUUGCACUGCCUCUUAUUCUUGUUGGAGACCCAGUAUGCGCCUACGCCAGCGCCGAGCAUGAAGCAGAGGAGAGCGGGUGCCAUGGAUGUUAGUAGGUAUUCGAGAUUGUGUUACGGAUGACAGAGGCGGAGAUGUGUCGGGUUGCUUUUAUGGGUGUGGCGGAGGGACACGUAUUGGAACGGCACCGCAGUCGUGGCGUCGCGCAGCAGAUCGCAGCCUGUCGCAGCGGUUCAUGCCGAGGGGAGUCGUGUCCCCAGUCACGAUGUCUGCCACAGAGCCGCGAUGAUGACAUCAGAGCGCCAAGCCAGAAUUGAGCGCAACGCUCCGUGCCUGGAUUAGGAAGGAGGUGUCUACCAGGGCCCGAAUAAAACCUCGGAAAGGGUCAAUCCAGAAGCCACAGAUAGCAUUUGAUAGUUUACGAGCGUGGUGGGAUGUAAGCAUUUGAAUUGGUGGCUCGAAAGCGUGGUCUGGUGACCCCAGUGUGAGUAUUGUAAGACCCUCCGAACAUGGGAUGAGGAAGCAGGAAGAGCUUUAAGGGCUGUCCGAGAGUCGGCCUCGAACUAUCGCGCUCGGCCUGUCUCGGAAGUGUCCCGCAUUCAAUCAAGUCGCAGAUGACCCUCGGAAUGACAUCAGUUCCUAUAAGGUCUCACUUGAUAAUCGUAUAUAAGCGCCGCGAAUGCUCUGCGGACCAGACAGUGCCAACAUGAAUCGCGCCCUCCGCUCCCUCCGCCCGUCGACGCUCUCGCGCAGCAUCUUGGCUGCGAGGCACGGGAGUUUCAAAAGCCUGCAGACCCGGCCCAUAUCCCCUCUCAUCCCCUAUCGCACUGUGACCAACACUGUCGGCCCAGGGAGCCAGUCGCUCUCGCAUGCCCGGCAGAACAUCAAGGAGGAGGCGGGAAACUCGAUCCGGGACCUGGCCAAAGCAAUCGCCGGGACAAACCCUGCCAAAGAAGACACUUUCAUCGGGAUAACAGGCACAGUCGCUUCUGAGGUUCCCACCUCGGUCAUGAUCUUCGGGCUUGCUGGCGGGAUCCCGUACAUCGGAGCGGCCGCAACAACCGUCUACCUCGCGCGCGAAGCCACUCUCGCGACAUCGACCAUCGACCACAGCACCGCCCUCAACGUCCUCAACGAGGCGCUCAACCUCCAGGUCACCUACGGCGCGGUGAUGCUCUCCUUCCUCGGCGCGCUGCACUGGGGCAUGGAAUUCGCCGGGUACGGCGGGUACCAGGGCAACCGCCGGCUGAUGCUGGGCGUCGCGCCCGUCCUGUUCGCGUGGCCGACGCUUGCGCUGGACCCGACGAUGGCGCUCUGCGCGCAGUGGGCCGGGUUCACCACGUUGUGGUGGGCGGAUUCCUGGGCGACGGUCUCAGGCUGGACACCCAAAUGGUACGCUCAGUACCGCUUCUACCUCUCGAUCCUCACGGGAGUCUGCAUCAUCGGCUCCCUGGCCGGGAUAACGUACUGGGGCCCCGUCGGUGGCCAUGGGCUGCUCGACAAACGGCUGCGCGAGAUUCGCAAGGAGCGGGCCGAGCUGCAGGCCAAACCUGAGGUAUACUAUGGAAAGGAGGUGACGAUCCUCCCCGGCGAAAGCACCUUCACGCGCUUGCGCAGAACGAAAAACAUCGAGAGGGAGCGGGCUGAGAAACAGAAGGCGGCCGAGCAGACAUGGUUUGACCGUGUGAUCCAGUAGUCUUGAUCUUGAAGGCGAGAACUAGGAGAGUGUUACGAGCGGCGGAAAGAAACCCAGUAUGAUCGAAAUGUACUACUACAAACAGCGUUCGAACGUGUAUGACAGUAGGAUUUGUUGAGACCACAUUGUCAACCGUAGGCUUACCCCAGGGGACACUUUCAAGGAGCUCCGGACUCCGCCGCACGCCAUCGGAUGCUCCCCCCGAAGCACUGAUGGAAUGCAAUCCGUGGAGGCGACUACUGAUGUGACACCAUUGAUGUGCUGAUGGACCAUUAGGACUUGUGGUUUGAAAUGGGGUUAGAGUCAACAGAAACUCUUUUCUUUGUUUCUUUUUUCAGCGAAAAUCGAUGUCGAUUUGCAGUGAAAAUAGACUUGAAAAAAAAAUAUAUAUUUGCAGUUCACUUCUUGGGAGAAAUAGACGUCUAU